AUGGCAAACGAAGCCAAGCCGUGUCCCUGCGAUAUUGGUGAUCGGAUGGAAUAUGGAGAGCUCGGCCAGGAGGUCCAGAUAGAGCACAUUAAAGCUUAUGUAGUAAAACAUCCGCUGGAUCUGACAAAAGCCAUUAUUGUCAUUCAAGACAUCUUCGGUUGGCAGCUUCCCAACACUAGAUACAUGGCUGACAUGCUUGCUAAUAAUGGAUACAUCGCCAUUUGUCCAGACUUCUAUGUUGGAAAGGAACCUUGGAGUCCAUCAAGUGACUGGUCCAAGUUUCAGGAGUGGCUUCAGGACAAAAAAGCCAACAAAUAUUACAAAGAGGUGGAUGCAGUGUUGAAGUUCCUGAAGGAGCGGUGUGGGGCCAAACAUAUUGGAGCAGUAGGUUUUUGCUGGGGAGGGGUUGCUACACAUUACUUGGCCUUACAGUAUCCAGAGGUCAAAGCUGGAGUUUCUGUUUAUGGAAUCAUUAGAGAGAGGGAGGACAAGUAUGAGCUGAAGAGCCCUACACUGUUCAUCUUUGCAGAGAAUGACAGCGUUAUCCCUUUGGACCAAGUGAGUGCCCUCGAAGCAAACCUGAAGGAGAAGUGCAAAGUGGACUACCAGGUGAAGAUAUUUCCCGGUCAGACUCACGGGUUUGUCCACCGCAAAAGAGAAGACAUCAACCCUGCAGACAGACCCUACAUCCAGGAGGCCAGAAAAGACAUGCUAAACUGGCUCAACAAGUACAUGUAAAUGGGAAAGUCUGAAGAAACACCUUUAAAAUCAGUCAUAUAAUCAUGCCUUCACUCAUUAAGCAGAAACUUAUAACCAAAUGGAAAAAUGUAGCAGUGCUAUUCAGUAAAAGGUGAGCAUAAUUAACUUGAUUUUGUGAGUCUGAAUAUUGAUGUCUGUAUCUUAUUGAAGCUUGUUUUUUCCCCCAUUUUUGCUCUCCACAAGUCAAGAUUUCAGGUUAUAUUAAGAUUUCAACUAACCCCAAAUUAGGGUUGGUCUGAGACUAACUCAAAAUGCCAAAAUGGGAAAAAAAAGACCCCCCCCCCUUUGAAAUUCAAGUUAUUAAGCCAAAAUUAUGACUUACAGAUGGCUAUUUUUUUCUUUUCCAGCCACAGCAGAAACAAGCUUCUGUAGUAUAUUAGGAGUUUAAGGAAUUGUGAUUUUAAUGUUAAUGGAAUGGGAAUUCAAAUAGAAACUAUAUGUUGCAUUACAAUGUUUUGUUAAUCUGUAUUAAUUAUACUUGCAAACAGUUGCUGAAAUAAUAUCUGGAAAAAAACAAUAAAGCACAUGAAAGCAGAAGUGCGGAAAUUUCAA